AUGCAACGCAACCUUCUUACAAUGUUCGAAAAUCAAAAUUUAAUUUCUGAUUCUGAUGAUGAAAGUAGCUUAUUAAUUACAGGAAGUGAUGGAGUUCAACAAUCACGCCAGCGACCUGGAAAUAAUUCUAGGAAGAGCAUAUGUUGGAAUUAUUUCAAAUUAAUUGAAGUCUCGGAAAAUGAAACAGUAGUAAAAUGCAUUAUUGAAGGAUGCAAUACGAAAUAUAUAUGGCGUGGGUCCACUUCAAACCUUCUUGGUCACAUUAAGAGAAGGCAUCAAAAUAACGUAGGAAAUAGUGGAGUUCAACUAUCACGUCGACGCCGACGCUCUAGAAAUAAUUAUAGGAAAGCAUAUGUUGGAGAUAUUUUCGCCCAAUUAAACCGAGUUAUGGAUCAGAAACAAGAUGUACUUUUGAUGGAUGCAAUAAGAAAUACAUUCAUUGUUCCCUCUGCAUCACCUCUCAAAGUUAUUAAUAGUUUAAAAUCUUCUGAUCACAUUAAUCUUCAAAUUGAACUGCCCCUCGAUGAACAGAUAAAUAAAUUAUAUAAGCAUUUAUCUGAUCGGUUGAAAUCAAAAGUUCAGAAAGCAAAAUCUAUUAUGCUCUCAAUUUAUAAGAUUUACAGUGAAUUUAUUAAAACGUUUGAAGAUAUUAUCGAAGCUUUAGAUCAGUGGAAAUUAAAAAACUUGAAAUUUAUUAGUAACAAUAAGAAUUUUUAUGAUCAGCUAAAAGAAAAGUACCCAGAUAUUAUACAUAUAAGCACUAAUGUAAAUGAAAGUAGUGAUAGCUUAAUAGCAAAGAGUUUAAAGAGAUGGGAUAUUGAGAAUACCAGUACCCAAGGAAUUUCUAAUAUUGCCAUAGCUGUUAAAAACGCUACUGAGAAUCUUUGCAAUGUCAAAUUAUUUAAUAAUUAUAACAAUGAUAGCUUUAUUGGAAAAAACGUAGAUGAUUUUAAAAGAGAUUUAUUAGAUAAUUUACCAGUUAGUAUAUUUUAUAUAUUAGUAGAGUUAUUCAAACCUUUGAAACAUAUCGAGGUCGUUACUGAAAGAAAUGUUACGGAUCUAUUGGUUAAAGCUACUAAUAUUUUAAGUGAGAUUUCUCAGUUUACUUUUGAUAUGGAAUAUAAGACACUCGAAUCAUUUCUGAAAUUUUUAAUUCGUUCAUAUCGUUCAUAUUUCUACAAGCAAGUAAGUCUAUUUUUGGAUCCGCGUUUGCAACCAAUAAAUUUUCUUUCUGAUGAGCUCGGGAAAUUUGUGCUAGAUAAAUAUCAAGCCUAUUAUUCACAAAAUCCCAGUUCUUCUGAUAAUAAUUUAGCAUUUGAAGAAUUGACAAAAUAUAUUAGUCGAACGCAAUAUCAGUCUGAUGAAAACAUUGAUGUGUAUAAAUGGUGGCAAAAUUCGAAACAUGAAUUUCCUGGUUUGGCCACUCUUGCAAGGGAAUACUCGCCUUUCGUGUCAGAUAAAGUAGAUAAAGUAGGUGAAGUUCAAUUAAAUAAUCUUAAAAAUUUUAUAGAAAUUUACCAAAAUGAUGAUAUGAUAGACAAAACAGCUUUUCUAGAUUGUAACAUGAAACACAUUAAUCUCUGA